AUGAUCAGCUGGCUGAUUGCAUAUUUCUUUUCAGUAAAUCUCAAUUCAAAUGCGUUGAAAGGCCUGCCAAAUUUGCGAGUUCUGGAUUUGUCCAACAAUGAGAUUGUACUCAAGGAGAGCGAUGUCGAUUUUCUAACGCACACUCCACGUUUGACAGAAUUGUAUUUACGACGAGCAUUCACCGCUACAAUCAACAGGACAGUACAAUUCGAUCUGAUGAUGAGAAUGUUCAAGAAAGCGAAUCUUAAACACCUAGAGGUUUUGGAUCUAUCUUACAACUUCCUACAGUCGAUUCCAUUUGAACUUCCUUGCCCGUUCCCAUCUCUAACCUCACUUGAUCUGCGGCAGAACUUCCUAAAAACUCUUACAGUGAACGCCUCAUGCUUAUCAAACAUUCGAUCUCUGGACUUAAGCAGAAACCAGUUCUAUUCUCUAUCUCCUUCCUUCCGACAACUUGCUUCAUCAGCACAUCCCGACACAUAUGUUUUACGGAAUCCGUUCCACUGUGACUGUAAAUCCAAUGAUUAUGUUACAUGGAUCAGAUCUACAGACGUCAUCCGAGACAAACAUACUUUGGUAUGUGAUCGAGCCAGCCCACGGAACUACGUUGGAUCUCGCCUAGUGGAAGUUCCUCUUCACAAACUGGACUGCUCCGUGAAUCUUUUCGCAAUGAGCUCACCUCACUACUCAUUGUCGCUCACCGCCCUUGUCAUCUUCCUCAUUACUAUCAUUCUCUCAAUCUAA